GACGCUAAUAAAUCAGGGCGCGUCGCACAGACCCAUCAUUCUCGCGCACAGACCAUGUCAUUUGUCGACAUGAUCCUCCCUCAUCUCCCAUCUCCCUGCCAAGCAUGCAAUCAGAUGUCCCGCCGCAUCUGCGUGAGCUGUUUCUGGACGACAACGAGCGACCGCUAUUGCCAGCGCACUUGAGCUCGACAGCAGUGUCGCCUAGCCCAAGGCCGGCCAGCUCAGGUGAUCUCGUACCGGCCUACAAGAUCUUUGAGUCAUCUGCGCUACCACUGCUUCUGCCAGACCUGGAUCAACUGAUCUGCGAGCAAAGUACGCCCGAGUUCUCAUCGACUCAGCCUUUGCUUGGAUCGAAAGAAAAGAAGGCAUGGCGCGAAUGGCACAAGCGGAGCAGCAGAUUGUCAAUAUGGCAGCGCAUCGUUGCUGCCUUUGUUCGCACGCCAGUGAAGCCACAGGGCGAGGUCACGCUGUUCCCGCCUUUUCACCUGCUGCCGCCCAAUGUGAGCGUCGAGCUCCUCACGCAAAAUCGGCGCAAAGGGGCAGGCGUAACCGACCUCAACACGAUGUUGUCCGCCGUUAUUGACGGUCUCAUCAGCUAUGAGGCGAGUGCGACAGGACAGAAGCUGCUCCGUGUUGAGCUCCUUCGCGACACGGUACAGCUGUUAGCAGUAGUGCUUGGCUUAUCUCCAACUUCAGCAGAGGCACUGAUCGCAACGACAUCGGUGUUCAAACAAUACAUUCGUAGAAUCACUGCAGUCUUAUCUCUCAGCUUAGCGUCAGUCUUCGGCUCUGUCUAUUUGUGGUUCUCAACUUUCAUAUUGCUUGUGAUGAUGUGCCUGUACUCUUUCUGGAAGAUGACUGGGCGAUGGCGCGGUGCCACAACAUCACUCGACACGCGACUUGACGGUGAAGGCUUCGAUCUAGACGGUCAUUCGACGCAGAAAUUGGGGUGGUUCACGCGUUUGCGCAAGACAAAAGCUAUACACAUGACACUGAUCUUUGUCUUGACAUCUCUGUAUAUACCUCUAUCAGAGCUGACACUGGCAGCACUUGUGUGGCGAAGUGACUUCUGGGUUGUUGAUGACCCUUACCUCACAACUGACAACCCGCAGCCCAUCACCUUGCCAGGCCAAAAAGAUGGCCUCGAUUUCUGCUAUACGACCACCAUGACCCUUGGCGGCUUCAAUGGUGCACUGCCGAUCUUGCUCAUCUCAGCAGUCUGCGUUCUUGUCUACUCGCUGUGGUUCCCAUUGCGUCUCUGGACCGUAGUGCGCGCAUCAACGCCCGAGGUAGAAAAUUACAAUGAGAUGGGUGCACAUCGAGUCAACCUCGAUGAGGCCUAUCAGCGUGCCAGUGGACCAACAGAUUCUGGGAGACUCAACUGGCUCUAUCAAGGCUAUCGCAAACGAUGGGCGGCCUACAAGUCGCUCGUGAUGCUGUUCAAGCUUCUCGUCGUUGCCGCCUCUGUCAUUAUCACAAAAGACAAUUGUCUGCUUCGUCAUCAUCCACGGGCAGCGAUAGCAGCCAUACAGCAAGCAACCCUUUCCGUCCUCUUUCUGGUCUGGCUAGUAGUCCAGCUGACCAGUGGAUGCUAUUCAAGCGUGGUGGGCAAUACCGUGGAGACCUUAUCGCGCGUAGGCUACUUGUUGAUCGCCGUGAUCACACUCUGCUCGACCUUGAACAUCGCCGGAGCCGCUGCCGUUCAGCAUUACGGAAACACUUUCAUCAGCGUCCUGCUAUACAUACUUUCGCUUUACGCCAUCAUCGCACCAUCAAAUAUGGUACAAGGCUAUCUACAACGCUUCAACAGGCGGCUCGCAUUCAGUCUUGAUGUUUUCAGUCCGUACUUGCACGUCGAGGUGCAUAUCAAGAGACGCGUUUGGCAAGAGACAUGGACGACCAUCCUACUCGGCGAUGAAGAAUUUGCUCUCGAUCCGAAGCAGCGCAUUGUGUUUGUAGAGCCGGCUGGCAUAGCUCCCACUUUGCUCGAUUUUCGCGACACCGUUGGCGAACGUCAUAUAGAAAACUUACGACUUCUGACUCAUUUAGGCUCGAGUGCAUAUGCGCAAGCCUGCGUUAUGCUUCACGGCGCUCCCACCGUCGAGCUACAAGAUUACAUCUGCAGUCAGCUGUCAGGUCCGGAUGCUUACUGGCGUCCGCUACACGCACGGGCACAAGUGACGUCCUACUUCGGUCGCUGCGUCGUUAUACAAUUCCCCUUCACACUUCUCUUCUAUUACGAUGAUACCGGCAUUGCUGUGAGUAUCAGGACUCUUGCGGAGAUUCAUGCAUUCGUCGCACAAAACACAAGCCACGAGUUUCGCGAAGCUCAGGAUGUGCGGCGGGUUCUUCGCGCUCUGGAAGGUCAAAUUGUCUAUGCGCCUCAUGUUGCCUAUCCGCGACAUCGCUGGUGGAUCAGCGCGUUCCUUUCGAGCCAUGCUUGCCAAUACUCCUACGCAACGCUCGUUAUCAAACGCAAUUCAGGCUCGACGUGGUCAGGAGUCAAUCACAGCUCAGGCUUCAGACUGUCGCUGGAGUACAGGCAUGACUCCGGUAAACGUGCGCCGAUCCGGGGUGACCUGGCUCAGCUCGGUCUGUCGCAGGACUUCAGACUUUCGCCAGCAUUCACCGACUUUGUCUUGGACAAUCGAGCACUGAUCGACGAACACUUACCGAGGAUCAUGUGCGAGGUCCGUCGUCUACGGCAGCAUUUCACAGACCAGAUGCAAGCAAAGCGUGCUAUCAUGAGCUUCCAAUUCCUUCCUCGAGUCUUCGAAAACAUAGGCAAUCUGCACGACAUCAGCGCACGCCUCGAAAAGGACGAAAAUUAUGUGGGCUUGCGUAGCAUCAUGCAAGGCCGACGAGCUGCAUUUGAACUCUUACAAGAGCGGCUAGAUCGCCUGUCGUCGCCCCUAGCUCGCCGAUGGUACAUUUUCUUCGAUGAUCUUUAUCGUCGGAACCAUACGGUCGUCAGCCAGAUAGGAAAGGCACCCGAGGCUUUCUCGCCGUUUCACAAGUCAAGCAUCUGCUAUCGACCGAUGACUCGAUUGCGAUUGGAGAGCUUCCUGCGCUAUCACGGUCUUCUGCUUAGCCGGGGUGAUUUGGGGUUCUUCCACACUGGCUUCCUCAAUAGACUCUACUUUUUUCUCGACGAAGUUGUACUCAGAGCAGAUAAACGAAUUGGGAUCAAUCGAGACACCGCAACGGUUCGGUUCGACGAGAUCGGUGCUACAACGACGACAGCAGAGUCUGGAGCUCAGAAUUUAAAGUACACCGGCGAUGCGGUGCUGUAUGACUCUCCCUUGAUCGAAGCGCAUCAAGCGUUUCUCUUCGAGACUGUCUGGGAUCGACCUCGUGUUACUUGGCAAACAGGUCAGAGACAAGCAUGGAUGCGCCAGAGAAUGAUGCGAUUUCGGAGCGCGAUUGCUGUCAAGCUUGGCCUGAUGCCUGUCCCACAUGCUCGACCUGGUCUCGGCCUAUAUUUGCGGCUGCGUCAAACUGGUAGCGGCUGGGAGAGGCCGAGUAGCUAGAUCACGGGUGCUUCAGCGAGCUAUUCUAUUCUGUUGCUACCCAGUCGAUGCAUCCUUUGUGUUUCAUUGACCAUUUUCGGGAGCAGAGGGCAAAAGAC